AUGGACGCGGGUAACACAGGUCGACUACACAAGCGGGAUUUCAUAAUCAAGAUUUCUACCAGCGUUUUAUUUGUUGUCUGCUGGAUCGCCGCUAUCGCCCGAGCAUACAUUAGGAUUCGGAUUCAAAGGAAGGUUUCAUGGGACGACCUGUUUCUAGCCUUUGGGCUAUGUUGCCUAACUAUAGCUCUGGCGAUCUGCUAUGCGCUCACAAUCGACAAGAUGUACUUCACCUUAGCAGUCCAGUUCAACGAGACUUCUGAGUUCACAAUACCUCCAGAUAUAAUACAGAUAUCGUUCGACUAUCAAAAAUGGGUUCAAGUGACGACGGUCCUGCUUUGGAUAGCCAUCAUGGCAGUGAAGUUUAGCUUCCUCGCCCUCUUCAAAAACCUAGUUAGUGGGAUUCGGUCGUUGAAUAUUUACUGGUGGGUGGCGACUAUGAUAAAUAUCGUCAUCUUGGGGUACGGGUCGAUCGUUACCCAUAUUUCCUGUCCGUAUUACUAUACCCUCGAAAAUACUCGAUGUUUGACUUCAUCCGGACAAAAACGUAUCUCGGCCUUUCUAUUCAUACACCUAGCGUUAGAUCUUUUGGGGGAUGCACUGAUUCUAUAUAUACCCGUCCGUUUGAUCUGGACGGUGCAGGUGAGGUGGACCCAGAAGCUGGGCCUCACCCUGUCACUCUGCCUCACAAUACUCAUGAGCAUCGUGACGAUCAUCCGUGGAGCUGGCGUAUACUACAAGGGACUCGUGGACACCAACUGGGAGACGUACUGGGUGGUAAUAUGCGCCGAGGUGGGCGUUUGUCUAGCUGCAGCAACCGCUUUCCGCUCCUUCUUCAUCUCGCGGAAGGAGUAUAAAUCUGUGUCUCCGCCGACGGGGUUCAAAUAUCGCUGGAGAUACAGCCGCAGUGCCAGGUUCAAACAGCCGAUCGGUCCAAGAGAGAUGCCAAAACAGAUGGAACUAGAGGCGUCCUGGACUACAAAACCACAGCCCACGCGAAUAACCGCCCUGCCACGCCUCCCUAGCCCGGGUGUUUCUAUCAACUCGGCGCGCGCGGAGUCUCCGCAGAGCAGUGUCUUCAUUCUGGACUAA